CCGCUUGGCGUGGUAGUGUGUGGGUGUUCACGUCGAGUUGUGGCCCCGACAUCUCGCCACGCGUGUUUGUCUGGAGUAGUUGGUACUGCGUCCUAUAACCAUUUCUUCCUCAGAACGUGAUGGGUGUAUUAUGUGCUAGUGCGGUUAUUGUGAGGUAGAUACGUCUACUCGUCGAAGUUGAAGCUUUUUAUUUAUAUUGGAAUGUAUAUCUUUUUGUAUUCAGUGGUUUGAAGUGGAUGUACAGUGACCCUGUCCAGUGUAUGAGGGAUCAAGAUGCUCUCUGGAUGAUAUGUGUCAGUGAUUAUCGCACGAGUGCUGUUGUUGUUGCUUUCCAUGCAAAAUGAUCUGCAACAGCGGAUUGCUCAUUACUCGCAAGUUGAAGGAGCUCGUGACAGGAGGCGAUUUCAGCCCCAGCAAGCGUCCUGCCCCUCCCGUCAAAACCAUCAAUUUGAAGCCCAUCAGUGCCGAACCUGUCCAUGGAUGCAACGAUAUCAUUUCUCCAGGGGAACAGACCCGACUAAGACCAAUAGGUUCGGGGGGCCAUUACGAUGAAGUGCCGCGGCCAAAUCCUCCUGUGGGGAGUGUCGUCGGUGGAGAUUUGGAUCCGCGCGUAGGUCAUCCUGCUGGUUGGAAUGAACACCAGCGGAAGAUACAGAUGUAUGAGUCCUGGGCCAGCAAGAGAGGAGGGGACUCAUUCGAAAACCCAAAUUUGGUGUGCGGUACUCUCAACCAGCCGAGGGUGCCGUCGAAUCCCCAUUUUUCUUCUCUCAGUAGGCCGGGUAAAAGUGAACCCGAGUUUACGAAAAUCAAUGGGAAAACAGUGAGACUGUAUUCUAGUCUCCCUAGACCUGGCCCUGGUAGGGGCAGACACACCCAUUACCCACCGCCUCCUCCUCUGACUCCAAUUUCUCCCCUGGCCUCAGCUUCUGCUGCUGCUUCUCCUCCCUACAAUGUACAUGAAACCCAUCAGGUCCCAAGGGCCCCUCCCCCCACCCCAUCCCCUCAGGAGUCAUCAACGAAAAAUCAGGUUUUCCUGUACGAAGAGUCGCCGCUGCCACAUAGCCCAAACUAUGUGGCACUAUCGGAUAUUUACGCCGAAUUGCCUCGCAAAAAGAAGAAACCAUGUACAAGCAUGGACUGCACCUCCGUCCAUCAUAAGCAUGACCUUUCGUCCUCGAGUGCCAGUCAGAAGACGUCCUCAAACGACACGGAGAGCAAUAAGAAGUUCAGUACGCUCGACAACUCGAACUCGAAGAAGAACAAGGUCCUUCAGAAGUUUCACUCGCUGGAUCGGGGAUGGAAGUCCCUCGUUUCAGCGAGGAGCAACAGCAACAGCAGCAAAAGCAGUAGCAAGAGCAGCAGCGGCAAGGACUCCAGCAGCAGCAACAAGACGCUCUCCUGCAGAGGAUCUCACACGAGUCUCGGUUACAACACCAGCAUCAGCAGUAACGACGGCGGGUCGGAGCUGAGCAUGUCGACAGAAGGGACUACUUACACCCCGAAGAACCACCUGAAGCAGCAGCAGCAGCAGCAGAGCAACAGCAGUACCAAAGUCACCAGCACCUCUCCAGCAAUAGAACCAAAGACGAGCGAAUCGCAACGCUCAGCCAACGACGACGACGAUGGCGACCGACGAUUUCCGAACCGCAGCUCCAUCAGCCGCCUUCGGCAGGAGGUGGAGGAGGCAGUUCAUCGAAAUCGGUGACCAUACAUAACGGCGACAGCGAAGAAGGAGACAGCACGGAGGACGUGGCUUCCGAAGUACUAGACAAUGACGGAGAAUUGGUUCAGUCCGUCGACAGUGUCGGUGGCAGCAACUCCCAAGAGAAUAAUGAUGCCGGUAAUGGUGGCACU